UGGGGUUUAUGGCGUUUUGUAAUACAUACUUAUUUGUUACAAUUUCACAGCAUAGACGAGUAGUUCUAAACAUACAUUUCAAGGGUUCAGAAGCACAGAAUUGUUUUGGCGGGUUGGCGACAUUCACUUAAGCUUACUUAACGCUCACUGAGAAAAGCAAUUGCAGCGACCUGAAGAGCAAGCAGACGGAUUGCUAUCGAAGUCGAAAAACAUCUUAUUCGCUCUGGCCAUGACUGAGGUUGGUCUGUGUCGUACAACAUCGCAGCUCAAUAAAUACACGAAUCCCAAUGGAGAAAUAAAAACUAUGGAAGUUAGCCCUGUGCACUACUGUCUUUUCAUGAGCAUUUGCAACACGAAGCUAUAUCCAGAAUAUCCAGACGAUGCCGCUGUAUUCGUGUAUCUGCACAAUCCCUACGAUGUGGUUUCGCCCGGCCAUAUAACCAACGUCUACCAGACAGCUGCACCAGGCAGAGUUUUGACCGUUGACUUGGAGAUUAGCUCAUUCAGCGCCGAAGAUGAGGUGCGCGAUUUGCCAUCAGAGUAUCGAAAGUGUCGCUACCCGGACGAAAGUAAUCUGCUGUAUUUUGAGACCUACACCACAGCUUUGUGUUGCAUGGAACGUCGCAUUCACAGAGCCAUAGAGCUGUGUAAGUGCAAGCCGCACUUCUAUGUUGUGGCGCCCGAUCUGCCCGUUUGCAACAUCGAUCAGCUGCUGUGUUUACAUCGUCAAAAUUGGUCGCAGACAAACUGCACCGAUUGCGUUCAGCUCUGUGAGUAUAUGUUCUAUGUGCAGCUGCAGCAAAGCCUUUCGCCCUUCUUACAGACCGAGGGUUUUCUCAGCCAGAAAUUCGAACGCACCGUCGUUAUCCAACUUAGUCUGCCCUAUCGAGGCAUACGUCGGCGUGUGGUCUUCAGCUCUGACCAGUUAGUGGUCUCUUUUGGCGGUGCGGUUAGCCUCUUCCUGGGCGCUAGCUUCAUGACCUUCAACACAAUGGUGAAACUCUUUGGCGAAUUUGUUGCUCUCAAUUGUAUGUGCUUUUGGCGGCAACGAAGAGAGCGGCGAAAGCGCAGGAAGCUGGUGCGAGUGAGGGCCUUUUAGAGGCACCAAAAAUAAAGGAAAUACCACACAAGUCGUGCUUUCGUGGGGAAUGGUCUCAAUAGUAUAGAAUUGAGUAAGCAUAUUUUAAACGGCACUGCUGACACAAUCAGUUGAGUUAUCGAUUUUUUGUGGCGCAUUUCUGUUUUCUCUCAGUUUGCAGAAUGAUUGCCGCUUAUGCGAACAAAGCUAUCACGUGACACAAAAGCUGCUUGUAAUGAAAUGGCAGUUGAAAUUUUGCAGAAAAACGAAAUAUG